AAAGCUCAGCUGUGCUUACCAAAAAUUGAUGCCGAACCAUUUCUGGGAAUUUUAACGAUCACCUUCAUCAAUCACAUAAUUAAGAAGACUAUGGCAUUUCCAAAAAAAUGCCACCCCCACUAUUGUCCAUUCGACAGUCCUGCUUGUCCAGAGCAAUGUUCAAGUCUUUGUCAAAGAAUCAAACCCAACUGUGUGUCUGUUACAGCACAACAAGCUAUGAAUAUGCCCGAACGUAAAAUCCCAAGGUCUAAGAGUGGGAUUCCAGAAAUCGGCUGUAGUACCAGAGAGCGCAUUUUUGGCAUUCCCUAUGAUCCUAGAAAAGAUUUCAGCAUGCCUACUCCCAAAGACUGUGUGGAUGAAUAUCUUCAAAAGAAUUAUCAUGAUAUAACAGAUAGAGUUUUGAAAGAAUAUGCCGAAGAUACAUGCUGCGCGACCGAAUGCAAUUGUUCACUGGGCUCUCGGUGCUUGUGUCAACAGCAAGAUGCCCAGUGCAAACAAUUAAAUAAUUAAUAACAUUGAUUAUAUUUUUAUUUUCAAAUUAUGUACCAUUUUAAAAGUACUUUUUCAUAGCUUCAAGUCUAUAUCAUUACAUAAAGAAAUUUACUUCAUGGAAUUGUUUUGUACAUUAGA